AUGGGUACAUGCCCUACACAAUGGGAAAACAAAAAAGCGUCCGGUGUCGUGUACAUGCCGCUUGAGCCAUACCUAUCGCCACCUAUUAUCGUAGAGGUGCAGCACUCGGUUGAUAUCGAGUUUAUUUUUCGGAUCAUGUCAUACUGCGAGCAGCUCUACUCUCAAGUGAACAUUGCACCCGUCGUUCUUAUCAUCGUCGUUUCAAGUAUCAAUCAUGAAGUGCUUGGAAAGUGUCGUGCACGCAAACAAGUUCCAUUCUUGUUUCAAUAUCGAAAGGAGACCUGGGCAAAGUCUUGCUAUCGUGCGAGUGUAGACACCAUCCAUCGCCACACGCAAAAAGUAUCCCUUGAUCCAAUGGUCAACUUGAUGGCUUUCUUGACUGGGCGCAAACCAUCGUUAUCGGAUUCUGGAUACAGCACAGAUCCAACAAUGCAACAACUUUAUUCGAUUGCGGAACGUGCCUUCGUGUCGUGUCAUGAAUAA